AUGACUAAAGCUCAACAGCUAGCUGAAUCAGUCAAAAGUAUCGAUGGGGUCGAUAUCGAAUGCAAUGCUGAGCAAGAGCCACUGAAUGAAUGGACAUUGUGCUCUGGCAAUCGUGAUGGUUGGUGCAAACAUGGCAACAAUUGCAUAUAUCGACAUGUCACAUGCACAUACGGUGACGAAUGCACCAUUGACCAAUGUCCAUACAGUCAUUCGACUCAGAGAGCCAUCGUACCAAAUCCACGAUAUCGUUCGGCGGGACCUAUAGACCAACAGUACCGUAUAAAAAUUGAUGGCCUUCCAAGUAAUAUGACGGCGCUAGAACUUUUGACAGAAUUAAAGGGCCAACCACUCAGUCUACUUAACUUGAUUGAAACUCCUGAAAUGCCAGCAGGUUCAACUUUUCGACAUUUCUAUCUUACUCGACAAGCAGCUGAAAAACUUGCACGUAGGCGAGUUUACGAAUGGCAUGGCUAUACUAUAAGAGUAACCUACAUAGUUAAAUGUCAACUUGAAUAUGAUCGUGCGCCCAUCGAACAAAUUCCAUCGAGCCCUUCUAUAGAUAACAAUGGUGAUCAUCAACUUUCUACUGUAUUUGCACCAUUAUCACUCGGGAUCAAUGAAAUCAUUGGAAUGCCCUCUGAAUGGGUGUGGACGAAUCGAAGGCUUGGUCAUACCAUGAGCGAAGUUUAUUUGGUUUAUUCAACCGAAUCGAACGACAAUCGUCUUGGCGCGAUGAAACUGUAUCGCCAUUCAAGUAAUCUAGAGUCAAUGCGAGCUCGUCGAGAAUUAUUAGCACUGCAAGCACUCAAAAAUGAAGCGUCUGUCGUAUCGAUAUAUCAAAGCAACAUUCUUGAUGUUACUCGAAAAGAAGAUGCGCCGAUGUGGAUAAUAACUGAAUUAGUUUCGGAGUCAACUCUCAAAGAUUAUGUUGAUAAGCACAAGUCGCAGAUCACAGUUCGUGUGAUAUUGUCUCUGGCGCGUCAAUUGCUUAAUAUUAUUCAACGAUGUCACAAGGCUCGUGUAAUUCAUCGAAAUCUAGAACCGAAUAACAUCAUGGUACAACGUGCUCAAGUUCAUGCGUCAGUCGAUGAAGUUAAGCUGAUACUGAUUGACUUUGAUUUGUGUUGGAUCGAUAGCCAACAAUCACAAAUAAGUGAAGAAGAUGAUUUAAAAAUGAUUGAGCAUGUAAUUAAACGACAUUCCACCGAUAAUGUGAAGCAAACAUUUGAUAACAUUUUUUCUAAAUUAACACACUAUUUAUCAUCCAGUGGCCAAUUGAAUAACCCCACACUAGACUCCACUGGCGUUUGCUGUAUUUUAUAUUGGUUAAUAACUGAUAAAUGGCUCGAUCAAAUGAGUACGGUUAAUUUUUGCAACCAAGCAAGUGAUCUUAAACAAACGAUUAAUAAAAAAUUAGGCGAUAUUGACGAUACAACAAAAGUGAACGAACAACUAUUACACACAUUUGAGCGUGCUUUCGGUCCAGUUGAUAAUAGAUGGCAUAUAGAUGAAUUAGUUGAUCAUUUGACCACGAUUGAUACUUGCCUUAACGACUUUGAAGCAACACAUAUUGAUAAAUUUUUCCCCACAGCAUCCACUAUGGAUAUGUUGUUACCCCUCGGAGAUCCCUAUCCUCGAACAGUUACAAUGCUUGCUCGAAUAAAACAAAACUUUACUCAGCAGUAUACAACUGUUGCCAAAUGGUCACAUGAUAAAAAUUGGUGGUCAAUCAAAACUCACGAUAACGAAGUGAAAAAUAUGGAUGAACUCAUUUACAACCAUCAGGAGCGACAUUGUGCAGUACCAAUUGUAUGCAUAGCUAAGAUUGAGCAUGAUCAGACAAUCCUUUUCCUCACCACUGCUCUCUCAGAUAACAUCACUUCAUUAAAACCUAUAUGCAAGUUAGAUAAUGAGACGCCGGAUAUGAACUUCAGUCCGUAUUACAACAAUGCUAUAAAGAAACUCGUGAUUGAAUGGCUCAAACGAGACAUAUAA